AUGCCCGAUAAGGUCCUACAGAGAGGCUGGUUGAUUCCACAGGGCCAGAGUUUUAAUGUAGGGACCACAGGAGCCAAAGUGUUCUCUGGGCCGGCGCAGGAGGAGUUUGGUUACACCGUUCAGCAGUUCACCAACCACCAGGGGAAAUGGUUGUUGGUGGGAUCUCCCUGGAGUGGAAGCCCAGGCAACAGGAAAGGGGACAUUUACAAGUGUGACAUCACAGGUCCAGGAUCCAGCUGUGAGAGGCUGAAUUUGCGAAAUUCAGUCACCAUCUCAGAUGUGGAGAACAUUAAUGUUAACAUGAGCCUGGGCUCGAUGCUAACUCACCUCACACAUGAGACUUUCAUGACAUGCGGGCCACUCUGGGCCCAGAGGUGUGGGAGUCACUUCUUCCUCCCAGGAGUCUGCGUUGAAGUCAGCUCUCAUUUCAGUUCGCUUCACGCUUUUGUUCCUGUCCGUCUGAACUGUGGGCCAGUGGACUUGAUGAUUGUCCUGGACGGAUCAGACAGCAUAUAUCCAUGGCAACCAGUCAUCGCAUUCCUCAGGAAACUGCUAGAAAAUCUGGAAAUUGGACCUGAUAAAACUCAGGUCAGCGUUAUGCAGUAUGCAGUAGACACAUCCUUUGAAUUCCGGUUCAACUCUUAUGGAAGUAAAGAAUCCAUGCUUGCUGCCGUGUCAAAUAUGGACCAGAAACGGGGGGACAGGACCAACACAUUCUCAGCCAUUCGCUUUGCCAGUGAAUAUGCGUUCCUCCCUCAGUCUGGAGGUCGUCCAGGUGCCAGUAAAGUGAUGGUGGUGGUGUCUGAUGGGGAGUCUAAUGAUAUAGUCAUACGAGACCAAGUGAUUGCCGCGUGUGAAAAAGAGAGGAUCACCCGCUUUAGCAUUGCUGUCCUCGGCUACUACAGCAGGAACAAUAUAGACCCCAAAACUCUAAUCACGGAGAUGGAGUCCAUAGCCAGCGCCCCAACGGAGCGGCACUACUUUCAUGUAGCGGCAGAAGAAGCUCUCCUGGAGAUAGCAGCAACUCUGGGAGAUCGCAUUUUCAAUAUAGAGGGAACUGGCAAAGGUGAAGAUUUCCAGAUGGAGUUUGCCCAAGCUGGCUUCAGCGCUCACCAGACCAGCAAGGAUGUGGUGAUGCUGGGAGCAGUGGGAGCGUAUGGGUGGAGUGGAACGGUUGUUCAUCAAAAAGGACAGAAUUUCGAUGUUUUGCCUGAAAAAGCUUUCGAGAACAUCCUGGACAACAAGAAUCACAGUGCCUACCUUGGCUACUCGGUGACAUCCCUGAGGCACGGCAGCACUGAGUACUUAGUUGCAGGAGCCCCACGGGCCAACCACACGGGCCUGGUUGUGGUGUACACAGUGGACAGCACAGGACAGGCCUCCAUCAGAGACACACAGAGGGGAACUCAGAUCGGCUCGUACUUCGGCAGUGUGCUCUGCCCUCUCGAUGUGAAUAAAGAUGGUGUGACCGACGUGCUGCUGGUGGGAGCGCCCAUGUUUAUGAGCGAGGAGAAGAAGGAGAGAGGGAAGGUGUACUUGUUCGCCGUCACCGAUGGGAUUCUGAGUGACCAGGGCUUCCUGGAGGGCCCCUCAGCGGUGGAGAACGCCCGCUUUGGCAUGGCCAUCUCUGCUGUGCCCGACCUCAACCUGGACGGCUUCAGUGACGUUGUGGUAGGAGCACCUCUGGAGGACAACAGCCGCGGAGUCGUAUACGUCUACUUCGGAGACAAGACCACCGUCCGACUGCAACACUCACAGAGAAUUGCUGGACUGAAGGUGGACCCUGGGAUGCAGUACUUCGGACGCUCUCUAGAUGGCAGUGGAGACCUGAAUGGAGACACCAUCCCUGACAUCUCGGUGGGGGCUUAUGGGAAGGCGGUGCAGCUCUGGUGAGUCUGGCCCAAAAUUCCUCUUUAAGUGAUUAAUUUGUUAGUGAUUCGCGAGGCUCCCUGUUUUGUCUCAAAGUUGUAUCUGAGGUCUGUCUCAAAUCUGAUUCAUUACCUCUGAACUGUAAAGAAAAUAAAUCACUGUGAAAUGUCUUUUCUCAUGUCCAACAAAUCCUAGACCAAUCUGGAGCAAUGUGUGAGAAACAAGCGAUGACAGACAUGUCAGAAUCCAAGAUAUCCCAGAAUGCCAGGGCAUUCCGUGCUCAAUGGUACUGAUUUGUUCAUAAGUUGCUAAUUUGUUUGACAUGGGAACAUAUUAUUGUGAGUGCCUUUACUGUCUGCAGCAUCAGUCUUGUGUUACCAGCAUCAGCAUCAAUUAAAUAGUAAAAAAAUAAAAAAUAACCACAAAACAUGAGGGGGUAGAAGCGAUCUGUAGAGUUCUGUACGGACGUCUAGCCACCCAAGAAGUUUGAAAAAAAUGAAUUCUUAAGCCAUGAGUUACCGUGCCCUUACUGUUCCUAUUCCUACCCUCACAAAUGCGACCGUGAUCCAGGCGGCCCUCGUUAUGACAGAGCUGUGUUUGUGUUGUGGUAGGUCCUCGUUCUGUGAGCUGUGUUUAUGUUGUGGUAGGUCUCGGGGAAUCGCCGUGGUGACUGCCGAGGUCUCCUGUACACCAGACAGAGUCAGCAUCCUGAAUAAAACCUGCUCUUCACGGGGGAGGUUGGCGUCCUGUUUCACGGCUAAGGUGUGCUUCACUGCACAGUUCAGGCCCACUGCGCUCGUGGGACCCGUGGGUAGGCCGCCACUCUCGCUCCUUACACUGACUGCAAGCAGCACUCGCCAAAGACUAAAAGAAAGAAAGAAAGAAAAUAAUAAUAAUUGUGACAUACUUUAACACUGAAAUGUUACAGAAUAUUUACAGAACUUUUAGAAACCUUUCAAAACGGCUGAUUUGAACACUUUCUCUUAUCUCUAAAUGUUUUUAUAGCCAUCACGUACACGGUGACCCUGGAUGCGGACCUGCAGUCCUCCAGAGUCAGCUCCAGGGGCCAGUUCAGUAACUCAGAGCGCACCCUUCAGAAAGACCUCAGCGUCAGCGCACAGCCACAGUGUGAGGAUCACAGCGUUUACGUGCAGGUAAGCAGCACUAGGUGCUGUCAUGUUUCUCUCAUUG